CGGGCAGAGCCGAACCGAAGCGAGCGGAGCGGAGCCGGCGGCCGGCAGCCCUCGCAGAGCAUGGCCGAGCCGCCGGCAGCGCCGGGCCCGGAGGGCGAGGAGGGCCCGGUGCGGUUCGCCCGCAAAGGCGCCCUGCGGCAGAAGAACGUGCACGAGGUGAAGAACCACAAGUUCACGGCGCGGUUCUUCAAGCAGCCCACCUUCUGCAGCCACUGCACCGACUUCAUCUGGGGCUUCGGCAAGCAGGGCUUCCAGUGCCAAGUUUGCUGCUUCGUUGUGCACAAGCGGUGCCAUGAGUUCGUCACCUUCUCCUGCCCUGGUGCUGAUAAAGGCCCUGCCUCGGAUGAUCCCCGGAGCAAACACAAGUUUAAAAUCCACACGUACUCCAGCCCCACCUUCUGUGACCACUGCGGGUCGUUGCUCUAUGGGCUCAUUCACCAGGGGAUGAAAUGUGACACCUGCAUGAUGAACGUGCACAAGCGCUGCGUGAUGAACGUGCCCAGCCUGUGCGGGACGGACCACACCGAGCGCCGCGGCCGCAUCUACAUCAGGGCUGACAUCGAGAAGGACGUGCUCACUGUUGUAGUACGAGAUGCUAAAAACCUAGUUCCUAUGGACCCUAAUGGCUUGUCAGAUCCCUACGUGAAGCUUAAACUAAUCCCUGACCCCAAAAACGAAAGCAAACAGAAGACCAAAACUAUCAAGUGCUCCCUGAACCCUGAGUGGAACGAGACAUUUAAAUUCCAACUGAAAGAGGCGGACAAAGACAGGCGGUUGUCUGUGGAGAUUUGGGACUGGGAUCUGACCAGCAGGAAUGAUUUCAUGGGCUCCUUGUCCUUCGGGAUUUCUGAGCUGCAGAAGUCGGGAGUCGAUGGAUGGUUUAAGCUGCUGAGCCAGGAGGAGGGCGAGUAUUUCAAUGUCCCGGUGCCUCCGGAGGGAGAAGAAGGAAACGAGGAGCUGAGGCAGAAGUUUGAGAGAGCCAAGAUUGGAACAGGGUCCAAGGCUGCAGAUGAGAAGACAAGAAAUGCCAUCUCCAAAUUCGACAACAACGGGAGCAGGGAUCGCAUGAAACUGUCGGAUUUCAACUUCCUGAUGGUGCUGGGCAAAGGGAGCUUUGGGAAGGUGAUGCUGGCAGAGAGGAAGGGCACGGAUGAGCUCUAUGCUGUUAAGAUCUUGAAGAAGGAUGUUGUAAUCCAGGACGAUGAUGUAGAGUGCACCAUGGUUGAAAAGCGAGUCCUGGCUCUCUCUGGGAAGCCUCCAUUCCUGACCCAGCUCCACUCCUGCUUUCAGACCAUGGAUCGCUUGUAUUUUGUGAUGGAAUAUGUGAAUGGUGGGGACUUAAUGUACCAGAUCCAGCAGGUUGGGAGGUUUAAAGAGCCACAUGCUGUAUUCUACGCAGCAGAAAUAGCCAUCGGCCUCUUCUUCCUGCAGAGCAAAGGCAUCAUUUACCGGGACCUAAAGCUGGACAACGUGAUGCUGGAUAGCGAGGGGCACAUAAAGAUCGCAGACUUCGGCAUGUGCAAGGAGAACAUCUGGGACGGGGUGACCACCAAGACCUUCUGCGGCACUCCAGACUACAUUGCACCUGAGAUAAUUGCUUAUCAGCCCUAUGGGAAGUCUGUGGAUUGGUGGGCAUUUGGAGUCCUGCUCUAUGAGAUGUUAGCCGGCCAGGCUCCCUUUGAGGGGGAAGAUGAAGACGAGCUCUUCCAGUCCAUCAUGGAGCACAACGUCGCCUACCCCAAGUCCAUGUCCAAGGAGGCUGUGGCGAUCUGCAAAGGGCUGAUGACCAAGCACCCUGCCAAGCGCCUGGGAUGCGGCCCUGAAGGGGAGCGGGACAUCAAGGAGCACGCGUUCUUCCGCUACAUCGACUGGGACAAACUGGAGCGGAAGGAGAUCCAGCCUCCCUUCAAGCCAAAGGCUAAGGACAAACGCGACACGUCCAACUUCGACAAGGAGUUCACCCGGCAGCCGGUGGAGCUCACACCCACGGACAAACUCUUCAUCAUGAACUUGGACCAGAACGAGUUUGCUGGAUUCUCCUACACCAACCCCGAGUUUGUCAUUAACGUGUAGUCGCGGCGCGGCCGCCCGCCUGCCCUCUCCUCGCAGUCCCCAGCUCCAGCCCGCCUUGUACAUACCGACAUAGUCUUCCGGGAUUAGCAGUGCAGACAUACACACCCUCAUGCGAAACACGCCGAUCGCUUGGUUUAGGAGGCCUUUCUAUGUCUGUGUCACUUGCUAGCUUGGUUUCCUUAGCUGGAGAUGUUUGGGGUUCGAGUUACCAGUCAGUAAUACUUCUAGGAGCUAUAGUUGGUGGUGACUAAUAGAGUUUUUAAACAGAAAUAUACCAAAUUGCUACAGUCUUUGUAACCUUUGAAGCGGGCUGCUGAGAUUCCAGUGACCCUAGCUACUCACAAAUCGUUUCUGUUGAAUGCUGAGCAUGGUUGAUAUCUUAAACCGUUGUGCUGAAGCUUGCGAUGACUGUGAGCUUGUCUUAGAGGAGCCUUUUGUUCAAGACAUGGAUACAUUUGAUCAGUGUGGAGAAGUCUGCUUAUAGACAUAUAUUUUUAAACGCGUUGUACAUACCGAAGCCGUCUUCCUCCCUCGCCUCCCGCCAGCCUGCGCUCGCCAUACGGCCUUCCCUUCACUCAGGCAUUACGGCUCCCAGCCAGUUCCAUGCCAGCUCUUGUAAACCAGAGCAAACCCUUUUUCUAAGCGAAAGGUGGGAUGGUUUUUUCUAACAUCUGGAGCAGUUUGCAGUUUUGAUACGCUCUGUCAGCGCGCUCAUAAAGCCUUCUCCUGGUUUUUUUCACAAGCGCUGUCGAGAUUUCACAGCUCUGUAAUUAGGGUAUUAAUAUUCUACCAAAACAGAACACAUUUGUAUCCUCGGUUUACAAUUUACCAACUGAAAACAAGCCUGCUUCAAAAGGGCUGCGCUGAGGGCUAUUUCUAACGGUAACUUUUCUACUUUACACCCUCUGCUGUUCUCAAGGCUCAAACAAGCCUCUUGAGUUACCUGAUUUCAGCCAAAAUUCCUGGGGUUGCUAUUGAGAAAUCCAGGAAUUUCUGCAUCAUUUUAAACCCAAUCUGAAUCAGAAGAGACAAUUCCAGCAGCUGUUUGUAAGGCAGAGCUGUGCUGUGUGUGCAAGCAGGGGCAGGAAGGGUAGGGACAAGCAGGAGCUGCCCAUCAGAGGGUAAGCCCUGAGUGCAAGGAGCAUCCUUUGAGUGCUGGCUGUUACCCCCCUCUUAUUACACACCAGUUCAGUUGGUUCCCCAAACACCCCACCCCUGUAUAUAUAUAUUUGAACCACUACUGGUUCUAAUGUAAAUACACAUCACUCCAUGCCUAUAGGGGAAGAUGGGGGUGGAAUUCUAUGAAUCACGAGGAAUCCUAUAAAGGAAAAUCUGGUUUGUAGAUCUUUUAUAAGCACCAAACUACUUCUGUGAUUAUUUUCUUUUAAUGAUUCAAUGAGGUAAAAAAGGCUGCUAGAAUCUCAGGCCAACAUCCCUCCUUGCAGGGAGCGGCCAGGUCCGAGCCCUGUUACUAAACACAGCGCCCCGUGGGUGCUGGGGAUGUGAGCCGGGAGCCCACGGCCUCAGGCGCUGUCCUGGGCUGGAGGAACCAAACCAAACCCCAUUAAAACUGCAAAUUGUGCCAGAUUGACAGGCGGGUUUAUGAGAUGCUCUGCCCCAGAUGCAGCCUCACGUGGGCUGGUUUCUGGUGAGGGCUCUCGUAGCACCAGCACAAGGCUCAGAAGAUGUGUCGCCAUCCUCUGCAGAGCACAGUUGAUGUUCAGAGCAUGUCUGUUGCUGUAACUAUCAAACCUGUUGCUGCAGAAUUAGUAUUCCCUCAGUGAUGAGUGUUGUUCAUUUCCGUACCUUCAGCUCCGGAGCCGCUCCCGGGGUCGGUCCAGGAGGAUGCUGCAGGGUCUCCGUGCCAAGGGAGCCGUGGGUACGCGCAGGGGCUGCAGUGGGGGGGCUACAUCUGUUCUGUUUAGGACUAUCCGUGUUCAUGUCAGGGUGGCACUUGUGCAUGGAGCAGGGGUUGUGCUGCUGGGCAGCUCCGGGGUAAGGUCUGUGCUCCAGGGAGAGCUUAGCA